AUGAAAUUCACGGUCGUAUUCAUAACUCUACUUAGCCUAUCUACAACAUGGGCUGUAAAUGCCAAAGCAGAUGAACUGAAAGAUAAAAGGGAAGCAGCUUCUGGUAAUUAUUUAUCUCAACAUGGCGCUUCCAGUCACAAUUAUCAAGGACCGGCGUUAAGUCAAGAAGAGGCCAAUGCGAUAAGUAUCGGUGCGGGAUACAACGUAGGUGGCGCUAAGUCGAACUUCAAUUUUGCCAAUCAAGGGUCAGGACCGUCAUAUCAAAUACAAUCUGAAGGGCUACCAGCCAGUGGUCAUGGAAAUAUUCAACUCGCCCCCAUUACUUUACAACCAAGUCACGGAGGUCUUAUUUCUAAUGAUCUCUCUCAGCUUAUGAGCCAAAUAUCUCAAGGAAUAAAUUCUGGUGCUAUCGCAUUGCCUUCUGGCGGUGGUGCAAUUUAUCAAUUAGCUGGCCAAGGCAGUCAUGGUCAAGAAAUAAGUGUACCUCAGUUCAGUUAUGGAGGUCAAACAUUUCAACAAUAUAGCUUAGGAGAACAGGGCCAAGGAGGUCAAAGUUUCCCUGCGUAUGCCUUUGGGGCUAAAGGUCUUGGCAGUUUUGCCUCUACUGGUCCAGUUCUAUUUUCACCUGAAUCAACAGCUAGCCAGCCCGCUUUGAAUUAUGCUGUACCAUCUUCUGGCCAUAACUUUGAAGGUGCUACUUUUCCUUUAGGAGACUCUGGACACUCUUUUGCUGGUCUCUCAUUUGGAACUUCAGGACAGUAUCCACAAGGCGGAGCUCUAAAAACACUGAAUAGCUAUGCUGGCCCUGGAAAAUCCAGUUUCAAGCCAUCUACUUUCUUGGGUUCAUCUCCGCAAAGUGAUUCUGGUCAUAGCUUUUUAAGCCAUUCCAAUUCUUAUGGCAGUCCAUCUUUUGCUGCCUAUCAAUCGACUGGUGGCCAUGGAGGUGCUACACAUGGAUCUUCUGGUCAUGGUUUGAAUUUUGGUUCUUUAUCAGGUUAUCAAGGUGGCCUAUCUAAACAGAUUGCAUCUGCUUACUCACCCCCCAAAGAAGGAUUUGGUUCUCUAGAGUCUAUCGCACCAGCAUUCUCGGCAAGUGGUCAAAUAGCUCCAUCUGUGAAAACAUACGGAUCUCCAUCGUCUGCUUACUCUACCAGUAAUAUCCAUGCAGCCUCUGCUCCUAGUCCCGCAUACUAUAUAUCAUCAGGAAAACAUUCAGCGCCUAGUUUUGGAUCAGGAAGCUCCUCUUAUAGAGGUCCAUUGUCUAGUCACAGUUCAUUUUCUUCUGGCCAUAGCCCUCUUUCUUCUGGUCCUAAAUAUAGUUUGGGUGGACACAGUAGUUCUCGUUUUGGACCCCCUAAAGAUGCACAAGGUGCUUACAGUGAAACAACAUAUAAUACCAUCAAAUAUAGUGAAGAGCUUAAGCCUAGAUUUAAC